AUGUCUCGAAUCGUCACUGAAAUCGUCAAUAUUCCAUUUACUCAGGAAACGGACGUUGACUCGGUCAUACCGAAGACAGUCGCCGUAAUUUCCAAACAGGAAGGAUUCCGCCGUCUAAAAUGGGGCCGAUGGGAAGAAGAUCAAACCAAAGUCCAGAUGAUGAUCAACUGGGAUGACAUAUCCUUCCAUCAGAAGUUCAUCGACAGCCCGCACUACCCCGACCUUCUCGGCUUACUGGAGGGACUGGUCACGGGGCCGCCAUCGAUUAUUCACGUGCAUUUUGACGAAAAUUCUAUCAAUAGAAUUGUUGAUGGUCCUGUUGCUGAACUGACAACUUUUUAUGCUAUCGGCGAGGGCUUUGAGGAGACUGUUGAGGAAUUAUUGAGUGUUGAGAAAGAGUCAGAGGGUUGCCUCGGGUAUGUUAGAGGUGAUGUAGUGGAAGAGAUCGCGGUUAGUGAAGGGGAGGCGAAGGGGAAGGGGCAUUAUGUGGCUACCUCGUGGACUUCGUUGCAGGCACGAUUGGAUGCGGCCAAGAGGGAUAAGGUUAAGGAUGGUUUUUCGGUUGUUGCUAGUAAGGUCGGGGGUUAUGAGGUACAUGAUGUCAAGUUCCAGUAG